CUGCAGUUUACUGACACCGCUACAACGUGUUUUUAUCGCUGGCUGUCCAGACGGAAGGUGCUGAAACGCUUUGUCGCGUGUCUGGAAGAAGUGAAAACUUUCCUGGGCAGCAAAGGGCUCACCUUUCCUGAGCUGGAACAGCCAGAGUGUCUGGAAAAGCUACACUUCAUGGUAGACAUGACAGCGCACCUGAACACGCUGAACACAGCUCUUCAGGGGAAAGGACGCACAGCCCUGCACAUGUUGGAGGAUGUUUUGGCAUUCGAGCGCAAGUUGACGUUGCUUGCCAGAGAUUUACAGAAAGGCACUUUGUCUCACUUCCCCAAUUUGAGAGAGUUCAAACAAGGUCACGACAUGAUAAUUUCGGAGUAUUUACAUUCUGCAAUCAUCGCAAUGCAAACAUCGUUUGGGAAACGCUUCUGUGAGUUCAGAGAGGAAAAAAACACAUUAUCCUUCCCGGUCACUCCCUUAAGCAUCGAUCCUUCCCUACUGAAUACGACUGCAUUGGCAGCUGUGAGUCAACCUGAUCUUGAGAUGGAACUGGCCGACAUAGCCGACAAAGACAUAUGGGUGUCCAAGUUUAGACGCUUGACAGCAGACCUUGAAGAUGUUGCCCGUCAGAAGGCUGUUCUUGCUCAGAAACACAAAUGGAGUGAUAUUGAAAACCUUCCAAAACCGGACAAACUUGUGUUCGAAACAUGGAAUGCUAUGCCCGACAUUUAUGUAAACAUUAAAAAGUAUGCGCUUUGAGUCCUGUCGAUCUUUGGAUCCACAUAUGUAAGUGAGCAGGUGUUCUCCAACAUGAACUUUAUUAAAAACAAACAUCGCGCACGCCUCACAGAUGACAGCUUGCGAUCUUGUGUAAAGAUGAAGGUGACGUCAUACAGCCCUGAUGUGCAGACGCUGUGCGCUGAGGUCCAGGAGCAGAAAUCCCAUUAACCAAGCUGACAGCUGGCUGAUGUUAUUUUUGGUUUGCUGCUGGCGGAAAAUUUAAGUUCGGCGUUUUUCAUAAAUACAAGAAGGACUCAAAUAGACAUUGAGUAUUUUACUUAAAAGUAACUUUCAACCCAACGUCUUUUUUUCGGAGUUCAAAAUGUUUUUGUUGCA